AUGUACGACAUACUGUGCGAUCUUCCUCAUACUCGCUUCACUAUCAACUCUAUCGGCUUUUCGCAUGAUGGUUGUGUACUUGCUAGUGGUGAUGAUGCCGGAUAUAUUCGGUUCUUUGAUUUUCCACUUGGAAAAAAAUUGCGUAGACUGAGGGUUACUACUGCUGUAACAUCACUUCUAUGGCAUCCAAACAAACCUGAUAUCAUUUUCAUUGGUGGUGCGAGGGGCAAUAUCACUGUCAUAAAUCUUCAUGUAAAAGUGAGUGCAAAUAAUGAUACCAUCGGGUUCACAUCUAACAUCUAUCUCGAGCACGACUCGGAGGCUCAAGGUUUUUCUCUUCGCACUGGGGUUAAUGCACCAGUAGAUACAUUGGCCUAUGAUGCUUGCAAUGGGUGUCUUGCUGCAGGAGUUGGUACUGAUAUUAUUCUAUUCAACCACCCUGAAGACCCUUGGACAUUUGGUUUAAAUAUUCCGCCCCCACCUAUGGCCUAUGUUGACGAUAACAAGCUCUUGCUACCCUUGCCCCGUGCUCUGAGAUUCAGUGACAAUGGGCGUUCUCUCAUUGCAGUGUAUUUUCAACAUGAUAUCAUCUCAUGGCUGAUAAAGUCUCUCCAACCAGAAUGGACCAUCUGGCCCAAACGCUCACAUGUGGGAGGGGCCUGUUUCUCUGCUGAUGGAAGGGUGGCUGUGUCGAAUCUCUUUGAUGGCUUCGAUUGUUACGAUAUCAACAGUGGCAAGCACUUGGCCAACCUCCCAACCCCGAUCAUACAGAGCAUCCCACUGCCUUCCGUGUUCAUCGAAGGUGGCCAAUCAAUAUUGUGUGGAAGCUCCUGUGGAUAUGCCUUGAUAUAUUCUGGAAACAUGAAAAGUGUCCUUCAGGUAUUAAGACACGGCGGUGCGAGCCUUGAGAUUAAUGCCGCUGCUAUGAAUUGA